AUGCAGGCUAUAGAGACUUUAGAGGCUAUAGAGGAAAGAAAGUUAGCUCGAAGAUUCUUUAGUAGCGCAGUAAGUAAAUUAGAAGAAUCUAUAACUAAAAAAAAUAAAGAGGCCUCUGAAACCAAUUUUGCAAAUCUUACCGCCAGAUAUGAAAAGUUGUCUGCUGUUAACAAUAAAGUACUAGAUUUAUGGAGAGACUUGGUAGGCAGAAACGAAAGCAAAUAUGAAAAGGAUGUUAAAUCAAUAGAGAAGUACGAUGAUAUAUGGUUUUCAAUGCAACAAAAAUAUAAAAAUGCAUUUGUUAUUACGAAAAGUUGCAAAAGUAAUAUUGGAACUGAAAUUCAAGAGAGUUACGUCCAAGAUACCGUUGUAAAAAAUAUCUUGCGGCUUCCUCGUUAUGAUGGUGAUAUGAAGAAGUGGAUAGGCUUCUGGGGGAUGUUCCAAAAGAUCCAUGUAGAUUCCAGCAUAGAUGAAAAUAUGAAAUUCCAGUACCUGCUGCAAUCGAUGGAACCAGGAUCUCCUGCCGCAAUACUAGUAGAAAGCUUUUCUCUUUCAAGUGCUCAUUAUCAGAAAGCUGUAAAACAACUUAAGGAACGAUAUGGUCGUGAUGAUCUUUUGAUUGAAAUAUAUAUUCGUGAGCUGUUGACAUUAGUUCAGGAUCAAUUAAGAGGGACUGCUACGCAAAUUGGAGUAUUAUAUGAUAAACUUAAAACUCAACUGCAUGCUUUAGAUAGUUUGAAUGUCACUACUGAUAAAUACGCAUCUAUGUUACGUCCUUUGGUCGAAUCCGCUCUGCCCAUAGAACUUAUUCGUAUUUGGAAACGUACUGAAUCUUGUAAAACGGAUCAGUCAAACUAUUUUAAAAACCUUCUUAAGUUCAUUAAGCAAAAAGUCGAGAGCGAGGAACGUAUUAAAAUAUCUGAUUUAGAUUAUAGUCAGAGUAGUUCUUCAAAAUUUACUGCCUCAGGACCAAACGAUGUCGUUCGAGUACCACGAUUUACAAUGGAAAAAAAGGUUCUACCAAAGCAACGUUUUCCAUUGGAGGUCAACAAAGAACAUCAUGUUAAUAGUAGUGAAAUAAAUAAACCUAAAAGACAAAAACUGGACAAUACAAAGCAACACAACUACUUAGAAGUAAAACUUCCAGCUGUUAGCUUAAAUAAUAAUGAUAUAGUUGUGAUUGAUUUAAUAGACGAGGAAGUUGAUAAUGUCAAAGGAUUCAAAAGUGACAAUAAUGUUUUAAUAAAUAAUAAUUUGUAUGAAAACCUAUCAGAGGAACCAUCCAAUUAUUUAAAUGAUACAAGUAAUUACUCAAAAGAUAAAAUUUCAGAUAAGAAUGUGGACAGCCAGUUAGUGGCAAAUAAUCUGGUGCCUUUAAAAGUGGUACAUCAAAAGAUUAAUAAUAAUAAAACUACUAAUUUAGUGUCAAGUGAUAAUGAAGGAGCUUAUACUUCAGAGACAAGUGAUGCACAAGAUAACGCUAUUCUAGUUACUCGAAAAGAAUUAGAAUGUGAUAUAAUAUCAAGAAUUAAAAAUAUAGACAGAAUAAAACAAAUUGAAGAAGAAAUAAGGAUAUUAAAAACUAAUAUUAAGAAAUUAGAAGUAUUAGAAGUAGAUGAUGAUUCUAUGUCAUCAUCAUAUAUACAAGUUAAUCAGAUGAAAGCUGCAAUAGUGAAAUUGUACAAAGAGCUGUGUUCACUGACUGGCGACGAAGAGGUGAAGCGGCGUAAAAUUCGCCUCCAAGUAAUGAAGGAUCGACCACAGUUGCCUGUUAAGAAGUUAGAACAAUUGAUAAAUGACAAUAUCGGUAGUGAUGGAAAUCCACAAUUACCAGGUUUCAAUGAGGUUAUUCAAUGUGUGGAUGAAGCCAACAGGGCAGAAAAUCUGGGCUGGACUAAAGCACAGAUAAAUAAUGAAGCAUGGGCACUAUAUAUGCGCUGCAGCCGUGCGUUGAAGGAGUACCGUCAAAAGCGCGAAUACCGUGAUCUCAUUAGUUGUGUCCAAUUCAAUCUCGAAGCGGACCCGGCCGACACAGAUCCACAUUUGUUAGCACGCUUGGAGGAGAAUAAAAGGCAAGCUAUGAAAAAAGAGGCUGAAAGACUAGGACAGGUGUGAGAAGUUAAUAAAAAACGAAGCGGACAAUGAUGGUGUUCAUACAGAGGUUAUAUUCACGAAUAAUAACACAAAAUCAUCUGAAUAAGGCGACGUUAAAAAUGAAAGUAACAUCCAAAUACACAAUACAAUAAAUAGCAAACUUUCUUUUGAAAAUUUAGAACAUGUUGAACACAAGUUACAUACAAGAACAAUUGAUAAUACGGAAUCAUUAAUAAAGAAAGAAAAUAAAGACGACAGGAAAGAGAACGAGGGAUCAAAUUCAAAUGACGUCAAUAGUGAGCAAUUAUAUGAAAAUGAUUUUUUGGAACAAGUUAAUCGUAUAUUAUCUGACUAUCUUGAAUCAAUAUUUAAUCUUGUUUAAUAAAUAAAAAUAUAAUUUGUUAAAAUAUGCAAGUUCCGGAUUCUAAGAAUAGAAAUGAUAAUAUUCUGAGCUGAUAACAUACAUACAUAUAGGGCCGAUAAUUUAGUUGAGAAUGCUAAAAAGCAUUAUUUCAUAGAGGAUAAUUAUUUUUACAAAUACUAGAAAUAUAAAUUGGAUUAAGAAAACUGUUAUAUACCAUCCAUAUUUAAAAGAUAGAUAGAUAUUUAAAAGGCGAAUCCAAAUGAAGAUUUAGUAAAAGCAUUGUAACGUCUUGGCGUCUCUUAGGUCCUACUACUAAAUUGAUGUAGAGGAUCCAUGUUUAAUUG